AUGGCGUUCCGCAGUGCUGCAGAGGAGAUGGACAGGCUCCAACUUUCUGAUGAUGAUACGGAGGAUCUCUGGGACUCUCCCUCCAAACGGGGGAACAAGAACGUGAACGUGAAACCAAAGGUUCCGCAUGACGAUGGUAGCCCGACGCUAGAACUCAGACACUCCCAUGAUGAUGGAGAGACGAUGUCUGACCGUCAGGAAUCGCGCGAGGCAGCUUUGCGAAAUGAGCUACAGAGUGUCCGGAAUAUCAACGACGUGAUUGAAGGUCUUCUUGCUAGCCUCGACCAGGCCAAAGGAAAUAUGGAUACCGUUUCUCGAACCGUCAGUUCCGCGGCGACCCUACUCAACACCUGGACCCGAAUCCUUUCCCAGACCGAACAUAACCAACGACUGAUCCUCAACCCGAACUGGCAAGGAGCGACGCAAGAUGUGGCCGACAUGGAAAACGAAGCGAUCCUAAAACAACAAGCAGCCGAAAGACGCGAACAGGAACUGCAGAGGCAACGAGAAGCCGCUGCUCGAAAGGCAGAAGAAGACGCAAGGAAGCGGGCGCAACCAACCACUAGAAGCACGCGUGGAACCACGACUGGUACUCGGGGUCGAGUACGCAGCACUGGCCUGGGUAGAACUCCAAGCGUCUCAUACUCUGGUAAUAGUUCGAGCGCGGCGAGGACUGCUGCUACUCGAGGGUCUACAACCGGAUCUACCAUGACGACACGACGGCCUAUCAGUGGGAAUCUGGGGAGGGGCAUCGGAACUGCGCGUGGCAGAAGCAGGGGUUGA